AUGCCUGCUGCCCUGAAAAUUGGGCAGAUCCUCAAGGGGAAGGUUGGCUGCUACUCAAUCUGCAAGCAGCUCGGUGCUUCUGUGUGGCUGGCAUCGGAUUGCAACCACGAACGAAAUGUCAUUUUGAAGUACGCAGACCACUGGCGUAUACGCAGUGAGCGAGAUGUUCUUCUACGAUUCCAAGAGCAGACACCACGUGUUCGACCCUUGCUUGAUGAGGUCGAAGGAGACGAGCAGAAUGACUUGAAGCUCAUUCUCAAGCAUCUCGAUGAAGACUUGCUGCACACUCUCGGCCACAGAGAGCUUACUCGAGCCGAGGUAAAACACAUUGGCAAAGGCGUCUUGGAAGCUCUUCGAGUCCUGCAUGAAGAUGGCUUUGUGCACACCGACGUGAAACCCAGCAACAUCCUCCUGAACUUCGACGAAACCGACAGCCAAAGAAUUACCGACGUGCAGUUGGCAGACUUGGAAGCUACAGUAUCCCAAGACUCGGAAUACGCAAAAGAUGGCGAAACAGCGGGCACAGCCAUCUUCAGAAGCCCAGAAAUGAGCCUUGGCGUGCCAUGGACCACGUCAACAGACAUAUGGUCGCUUGGCGCCACGCUUAUCAGCCUGAUAUAUGGAGGCGGUUUCCAUAUUUUCAGUCCCGGUGUUUCGAUUGAAGACGACCAGUAUGAUAUCGAGAUCUUGAGAAGACACCAUCAAUUCUUCGGACCAUUUCCUCACUCUUACAACGAAAUUGCCGACGAACGCCGCCUAAGCGCUCUCAUUUGGCUCAUGGACAGUACACCUACGGAGACACUCAUGCCGUUCUCUCGAAUCACCAACCGCGAGAUCAGCGAAGAGGACAAAGAAUUCAUUUUGAGAAUAAUGAAGCUGGACUAUCGCGACAGGCCAACAGCGAGACAACUGCUGGACGAUGAGUGGUUCAUUCCAAGCUAG